AUGGCAGUAAGACAUGAUCUGGACUUCUACACACACAACAGCACAAAGUUGAUCAUAGAAACCACUUUGCAUACUAACUCGUUGUCAGUUAUCGAUAUCCUCUCAAUUAAUGACGUGUACAUCAAAUACUUCUUGCUCACCAACAUCCCUCUUGAACCUGCUCAAGGAUCCAAAGAGAUCCUAGACCAGCUCAGAGGCUUCUUCAAGCAGUACAGUCGCUCACAAACAAUAUUCCACACCGAAUUCAGUGCAGCGAUGGCAGACUUUGUCAAAAGAUCCAUCAUUCCUGUGGACAUCGAAGACUUUGUAUGCUGCGUAUCAGAGCUCAGCCCAUCGUCCAUAGACCUUGAGUACUAUCGGAAGCACUUUGGAUACAGCCAGGCAUACAACCUGUACAAAUCAAUCAUAAAGCGAAUAUUCAGCUGCAGGUUCAGCCAUAGAGAAAUCGGAUUCACAAUGCUGCUUCUCGACAAUCCAUCAAUGUGUUUCAAGCGCCUGCUCCCGGUAUUCAAACGACUGACUGCAUAUGCAACAGACAACAUCAUCGACAAGAAUCUUGUGGCAUGCUGCAUUGCACUUAAAGCAGUCAUUGUGUACAUCCCACAAUCGGUUUCACAGAAACACACAUACAUCAUAUCUCUCCUGGUAUACCUCUCAGGAAUCAUCACCAACUGCCUGAGCUUUGCAUUCAUAAACGAGCAUGAUGCCGAAGAGGUGCUGUCCACGAUCCACAUACUUGCAGGACUUGAGAUGAACGAAGACUCAAAGUCAGUGUGCAGGGGACUGCUGAAAACCAUCGUGUUUGGCCUCAACGCAUUCGCCACAAAGAUGCCAAAUGUUUAUGAAGAGGUCUUUGCUGCAAUAUGUGCACUGGAGAUAUUGCCAGCAAUCCAUCAUGCCGUCGGAGAGACACCUGACUUUUCGUAUGCAUACUCUGUAAUUCAUGGCAUCAGCGUUCCACAGAUGGAUUACUUGGCAAUGCACGAAUCAAGCCACAUAAAAGACAGGUUCCUUUCUGCAAAGUAUAGAAGCAUGCAAUCACUCUAUGCAUGCAGGGCAGUAGAAGAUGAUCUUGAGCUUGAUAGGAUUGUGUUCUACAACGACAUAACCAGUGCCUGCCAUCCGUCAAAGAUAUUCAACGUGCUUGGCGAUUUGAAAACACAGAUACAUUGGGACGACUUAAUUGUGUUCGUGUGCCAUCCUGGAAAUCAACACGAGUGCCUACCACUUGUGUUUGAUGGCGCUUUCUUUGCCAAUGCAGAGCAUGUAUCCUACAUGUCCUUGUUUAUAGGGUCGAUCAAGGCAUUCCCAGAAUUGCUGUUGGCGUCAGUAUAUCUUUUUAUCAAGUCAUUUGAACAGAUGCAUACGGAAAGAAGAUGGAGUGUUCUUGGAGAUUUGUUUCUGAUGGACACAAAAAGCAACGAUCAACGCCUUGCAAGGCUCAGAUGCAUGAUAUCUGAUUAUGUGUGUGGAGCAUGCAGUGAAGGACUGCGUAUUUUUGUGGAGUUUCUGAUGAUGAAGCUCAGCGAUGGAUUUGUGUGCUUUGAUCCAAGCAUUCUGUCGUUUCUGCAUGUUAUUCUUAUGAGGGAAGCACAGAUAUCUGUCGAGCUGCUAAGAAUGAUUGGCACAUACUUGAUUGAAUGUGUUGUUGCAGAAGAAGGCAUACAUAACAACUUUCAUGAAUUGGAAGCAGUAUACGUAUCGCUGGCAUCAAGAGCCAUGAUUCUGGGAUACUGCAGGACGUUUGAGGACAUGUCAGUCUGCAUCGAGAAUAAAUACUAUGCACUGCUGGUAUCUGUGAUAUGCAAGCACAGGGAGGCUGCACCUGAGCAACAAAUUGAUGAGAUCAAGGAUGUGAUCCUGGAGUUUGUGUUUGAAGCAAAUGACGAGCAAAGAUUCGAACUGAAGGCAGCACUGAGAGGAGCCGGAUCGAGAUUUCUAUCGAAGUAUGACGAGAUGUAUGCGAUUGAGGAUGGAGAUGCACAUCUGCAAACAGUUGGAGGUGUGUAA